UAAAUGAGACAAUAUUAGAAAAAAUAACAAGCCUAAUACAAGACUUACUUGAGAUUUGUAAUGCUGCUGUAGUGCAGGUCCAAAAAGCUCAAGACACAAUGAAAGAUAAAUGCAACAAGAAUAUCAAGAAAUGGUCUAAAUUAGAAAUAGGAGACAAGUCACGUGGAACGAGACCUCAGCAAUUCCAAAUUAAGGCUUCCCGGGCUGCAUUGGCAACUCCGGCCACUACGGCUAAAAAGGCAGUAAAGGCAUAUCUGACCUGGAGGGCUAGAUGGGG